AUGGCAGCGACGACGACAUCAGCGGUACUGCACACUCAAAAGGAUCGAAAGGACAUUAAUGGCAUUCCAACGGAUAUUGCCGUCUCGAUCUUUGCAGACCGUGUGUUUAUUGUCGUGACUCAAUUGGGAACUUUUGGCACAUUGGUGGAAGCACAGCAAAAGGAUUCGAUGAGUGGCAAGUUCCAGCCGGACAUCCACGUUCGUCUUGGACGACGUGACGAUCCGCUGCUGUUGGUGUACGCGCGGCAAUUCCUGGAACACUUUGGCGUUCCUGUGGGUCUGCCCAUUCUGGCGGCUAUUGGGCUGAAAGAUCGCUCAUCGGACACGUUUGAGAUGAUCAUGCAGAGUGUAAAGGAGCUUUUUGGCCAGGCUCAGAGCCAGUUGUAA